AUGGUCCAAUUCCAGUCAUGCCAAAGAUAUGAAGGCGUCAGGGAACAUGGCGCGCUGCCUGUGGCAUUGGUCCAGUACGGCGACGAGGUUAUACUUGCAGAUGGAAUACCCGAGUUGCUGCUUAGAACCGAUGUUAUAGUCGCGUUACCUAGUCCUGUUGCCGUUGAGUUGCCAGGUGAUAUCUCUGUGCUGGAUGUCAUUGCAUUGGUCAUUGGCGAGGAGAUCGACCCAACGGAAGACCACCCGGAUGAGCUACCAGCUGAUGGUGUCAAGACUGAGGAUGUAAAUGACUCCGACGCAGGACCGGGGACUGGUUGCGAUUCCGAACUACUUGUCGAUGCUGAAUUUGAAAUGGCCGAAACGAGAGACGAAUUGGAGGGAGAUAUCGUCGAAGCCAAUGGCUGA